GUGAAUGGAUUGAUCUCGGCAGCUGACAAACGUGUGCGGACACAAGCAUGCAGCACAGCGAUGGGGGUUCACUGUACCCCCGUCUUAAAAAUUAAACACUAAUUUUUCAGCUUCCAAACCAAGCACAGUUUAUAAUGCAGUAGAGACUAGACUCGACGUACAGCUGACCUCCGUCUUGUUCCUAAGAGGGAAAAACUAAUCUGGAGCACCAAUAAGCCGCUGGAGAUCUAUUUUGGGGACAGCGGAAAUCAAAACCAGCGAACAAUAGCUGACCCCCGAAACGCACUAACGCAUCUCUAUCCUUUCUCUGUCUCAGAAAUAACGCGGUUUGUGCAGAGGUUCGGCUUUAAACGCACGCAGGAGCCGACUAGUCAACGGAGUUUAAUGAGGUUUUGUUUGAGAAAUCCCAUGCUGGACAUUGUAGGAGGGGAAUAAUCGCCUUGUAAUUAUUGUAACAAUAGAAUAAUAUAGAAAGCUAUAUAGAUAACUAGCAAGCGGUCCGGUCAGAAAGGCAAGGCGACCGAUACCCUUUGCACUUUCUCUACCUCUGCGUUUCGUCUUGGGUUGGUGUAAUUCUCCUCUCUCAACACUGCUGUCCUGCUAUCUGCCAGGUCGAUCACAGGGCAUCCACACACCACUGUAAACUAACUAUUGUUUAUAGUCCAAUUGGGGUUUACCCGGCUGCGACUGGAUUUCCUCACCAAAUGGGAUCAGUACAAGCCCUCGGCGAUUAGAAUCUGUUUGGGGUUCUAGCAGAAAUGUGACCUUUUUAUUUUAUUCGGAUUCAAUAUUGUGGAAUCUCAAAUUUCGUUUUAAAGGUGAUAUCAGAUAGCAAUGAGAGAAUGACUACUAAAUGAAGUUUGGAAACUUGGAGAAUGAAACCUAGCUUCAUCUUGUAGAUGUGUUAACUGCCCCUGUACACACCUGCACAUUAAUCUGAGAGGGGAUUGGAAAAGAUACAGCAUGAUAAGGCCCACAGGGAGAGCUGGAAAGAUUGGAGUGGCUGACUCAAGAUUCUUACUUUUCCCCUCGGCAGCGCCACUUCCUCGGGGGGUGAGCUGGCUCUGUCCCCUUCAUCCCCACCUGCUUGUGCCCAGAUUGUUCUGUUUCUGUUCCUGAACAAAUCCAUGGGGCUGGGUGUGCAGUGGACAGCCCCUCUUCUCCUACUCCUGCUCUCCCUGCUGGGGGGCGGCAACUCCCAGAACUCCAGCACUCCGCGGGGUUGUGGCCUGGACCUUCCUCCCCGCUACGCUGCCCUGUGUGACUUGGAGGCUGUAUGGGGCAUCGUGCUGGAAGCAGUGGCAGGGGCAGGGGCGCUGACUGCCCUGCUGCUGUCUGUCAUCCUGCUGGGCCGCCUGCCCUUUAUUACGGAGAAGGACAAGAGGAGCCCCGUCGGGCUGCUGCUGCUGCUGCUCCUGGGGGUCCUGGGCCUCUUCGGCCUGAGCUUCAGCUUCAUCAUCCAGCCCAACGAGAAUGUGUGCAUUGCCCGUCGCGCCCUCUGGGGGGUGCUGUUUGCCCUCUGCUUCUCCUGCCUGCUGGCACAAGGCUGGCGUCUGCAGAGGCUGGUCCGCCACGGGAAGGGCCCUGGAGGGUGGCAGCUUUCCUGGGUGGCUCUGAGCUUGACGCUGGUGCAGGUGAUCAUUGCCAGCGAGUGGCUCGUUCUCACUGUCGUCCGGGAGGGCAAGCAGGCCUGCGACUACCAGCCGGUGGAUUUCACUUUGGUCUGCGGCUACAUCAUGGUCCUCCUGGCCACCUCGCUAGCUCUGAGUCUCUUCUCUCUCUGUGGCAAGUUCCGCAAGUGGAAACGCAGUGGCGUCUGCUUAAUCCUUGCCUCCUUCUUCUCUGUGCUGCUCUGGGUCACCUGGGCUGGCUUCUAUCUCUACGGCAACGCAGCCCUGGGCAAGUCUCCUGUGUGGGACGACCCCGGCCUGGCUGUGGCCCUGGUUGCCAACGGUUGGGUGCUGCUGCUGUUCCACGCCAUCCCUGAGGUGCACUGCUCCCUCCUGCCAGCCCCCCCGCCCAGCGCCCCCGACUACUUUGAGACGUCCCAGCUUCCCCCGCGCCUGCGCGAGACCAGCUUUGACGAUGAGAUGCCACUGCCCCAACGGCCCUACAUGGAGAACAAGGCCUUCUCCUUCGAUGAGCACAAUGCAGCUCUCCGGGCAGGAGGGCAUCGCAAUGGAAACCUGGGCCCCCGUCCAAGCGCCCCCUUCCGCAGCAAUGUGUACCAGCCCACUGAGAUGUCUGUGGUGCUCAACGGGGGAGCGAUCCCUUCCGCCCCACCAAAUUACACUGGGCGAAACCUGUGGUGAACACGCCAGAUCCAUGCUGCUUGACAGGGAUCCAUUCCGGGAGAUGUGAAGCAGGGUUCAGCCUUUUAAGGAUGCAAACAAGACUUUAUUUACUGCGCCCGAGGUCUGGGUGUGAGGACUGGUGUGGAAGUGGAGGGUGGGGAGGCUUAUCUCACUAUAUUGGUGCUGCUGCUGCUGUGCAUGGUAAACAACUUUCAAUAGGCUUCCUAGGAAAUCGGUGUUUAGGUCACAGUUUCUAGAGUAUGUGCUUGGCGGCUGACAGGUUUUUCUUGGUGGGCCGUGGCCCCUUGGACUUAUCUAACAGGGUUUCCUUUUCUCGCGUACAAACAUAUUUACUAUCACGUUUUCCUUCUAUCUACUGUGUUGACAAAAGUGCAUGGCUAUUGAUGCCCCUCCUUCCCCCGGUCCCGCCUAUAACCUUUACCCUUUUUCCACAAGUAUUUUUUUAAAAAGGAGAGAGGAUCAGGUGUGUACUACAAAAAUAUUGAUUAUUUUAUUGAUAUUAUUUAAAAUAAAUAUUAUUUUAAAUAUAUGAAAAACUGUUAUCUUUCCCCCAUGGCAAAAAGAUAACUGAGAAAAUAAGAAAUCAAGAAAUAUUAUCUAGCGCUAGGGCAAGAUAUCGAGAUAUUUUUGGCAGUGUGUGUGUUUGUGUCUGUGAGGGAGAGGGAGGGGACAGCUAGGGAUAGGCAAUCAUGACCUUGAUUGACCCCAACUUUCGCCAAAGGGCAUCAUGCAUUUAUAAAGCACCUUCACUAAUGAGGCUGUAUCUCAUUCAAGUUAUACAAGGGCAGUCAGGUCUUAAGACUGAAAACAACUGGCUUUAUCUGCGAGUUCGUUCAAAUCAUGGUCUCAAAUCGGUAUAAGGUCCAGUAGUACAGCACAACAUUUCACCAUAAUCCAUUAUGAAUCUGAGGCAAUUUUGUUUUAAAAGCAUAACUAGUGUAAAAGAUAUUGAGAUCUCAUGAACUUGGAGCCAGUAUUUUUAAACCAUUGCAUUAAUUUGCAACAGUAAAUUGUUCUGAGAAACAUACAAUAUUUUUGGGUAGGUUAGUAGUUAUUAUGAAUUGUAAAAUUGCAAAAACGUACAAAUGAGAUGUUGAUAAGUUUUAUCAACCUCCAGAGCAGACAAAUCACUGCUAUAUGGGGCCUUAGCAUGUUUCAGUGAUUUCAGCCAGUCUGACAGACUAGACACCUAGUUCCCAUUGUCAGGAAUACCAUCUCCCCACCCAUAUCCAGGUUUACUCUUUAUGUUCACAUUCAUGUAAAGUUUUAAGAUGUUUAUAUAUAUAUAUAUAUAUAUAUAUAUAUAUAUAUAUAUAUAUAUAUAUAUAUAUAUACACACACACACACACACACACACACACACAAUUAAUCAUUGUGUGAAAUUGUAAUAAAUUGUUAAUGUAUACAGGGUUUUAAUAGAUUUUUAUUGCUACAAAAAUACAAAUUUCUGAUAAUACAGAAAGUGUGCUGGGGCUCUAAGAAAUAGCUAAUUCAUUACAGGGCAGUAAAUUGAACUCCGUACUAAAUUCUUGCAGUAAUACAGUAUGCAUAGUACUGGUGAUCUGAGAGCCAGCAAAUACAAUACAUUACUGAGAACCCAGUACUAUCUAUCAAAUACACAAUUCAUUAUUUAAUAUGGCGACACAUAUUAUAAUAAAACAAGUGUAACUGAUGCUAUGACCAUAACUACUGUAUAUGUCUAACUCAGUACUGAAGAUUAGAUACUAACAGACAGCAAUGUAAAUAUUGCACAGUAUCGGGCCCAGUUUGUUACAACCUAACCUGGACCUCUCUCAGGGUGUCCCGCGCAGGGAUGCAGAGAGGGGUGUUUGAGGCUGCUUUGGGUCCUGUAGGGGUGAAGAGAUUUAGUUUCUUUUCAGUGCUGACACUGUGAGGACUCUGAGCACGCCAAUGUUUAACACGUUUGUUCCUGAUGGAACAGAGUUCUUGUAAUUGUAUGUCGUGAAUAAGAAAAGAAACUUUCAAUAAAACUCCUUUUGUAGUUUCA